AAUCAUUUCUACGUACAAAGAAAAUAUCCAUGGAAUCUUAUACUUCAGAAGCUGCAGUGUCGAUUCAAGUUCUUGUGAAAGAGAUGAAGCAGAAACUGUUCUCUCCACAGCUACAAAAUUCAUCAGAGUCUCCAUCAGCUUAUGAUACUGCGUGGCUAGCCAUGAUUCCAGACUCAAAUAACACCAAAAAUCCCAUGUUCAAAUCCUGUGUGCAGUGGGUGUUGAACAAUCAAAAAGAAGGAGGUUUCUGGGGAGAUGAAGAUUAUCUUAUUCACACACUUUCGUCCACUCUUGCAUGCAUUCUUGCACUCGCUACCUGGAAUGUUGGUCCCAAAAAUAUCCAACUAGGAAAGUCAUAUGUUGUUACAAAUGCGAAGAAGCUGCUUGACGGGAAUGACAGGAAGCUUCCCCGCUGGUUUACCAUCGUUUUUCCAGCAAUGCUGGAGCAGGCAGAAAGAGUAGAUCUGCAUCUAAAUCUACCUCGUGAGCUGAAAGCCUUGGUCUCCAGCUUUAAUGUUGGCAGGGAGAAGAUUGAUGAUGAGAAUGAGCAUACUUCACUGAUAACGUUAAGUUGCCCCGAGGCUCAUUUCUCUGCCUGUAAUAUUGAUAAGCUACACUUGGUGAAGAAUUUUACUGAAGAUGGCUAUAUAUUCAAAUCACCCUUUGCCUCAGCGGCUGGGUAUAUGGCCACGGGCCAUCCUGCGUUGCUCAAGUAUCUGGAGUCUGUUGUUCAGAAAUUCCCAUGUGGAGUACCAUCAGUGUAUCCUGUGGAUGAAGACCUCAUAAAGCUCUGCACGCUUGAUAAAUUAAUAAACCUGGGAUUGGCUGAGUAUUUUGCUGUAGAAAUAGAAGAAACAUUAGCCCAAAUCUACAGGAGUUACAACAAAAAUAGAGCCAGAGAACAAGAAGACAUUCACUUGGCACUAGUGAAUAUAUACAAAGGAGCCUUGGCAUUUCGUCUUUUGCGCUUCCAUGGAUUUGAUGUGACUCCAGGGAUAUUCUGUUGGUUUUUUGAUCAUAAAAAUAUCAUGGACCAUCUGGAAGAGAACAGUGACUACUUUGCAAGUACACUGUACAACAUUUAUCGAGCUUCAGAUCUUACAUUUCCAGGAGAGACCGAACUCGAUGAUGCUAAAUCAUUUUCCAGGAGAUUACUAGAGAGAAUUGUGUCCGUGGAAUAUGAUAGAUAUGGUGAUAAUAUUUCCCAAAGUUUCAAACAAAUGAUUAAGAAGGAGUUAACUAAUCCGUGGAUAGCUCGUGUUGAUCAUCUUGAUCAUAGGAUGUGGAUUGAAAAUAUAAAUGCCCCUCUUCUUUGCUUGGAAAAGCCUUCAUUUUCAAGGUUAUCAUGUCUUGAUGACGAUAUCCUAAUUCAACUUUCUGUGCAAAAUUACAAUUUCCGGCAAUCAAUAUUCAGGAGGGAAUUAGAGGAACUGAAAAGCUGGUCUAAGCAGCUGGGCCUUGCUGACAUGGGAUUCGGACGGGAAAAAACCACCUACUGCUACUUUGCUGUGUGUGGUACCAUGUAUUCUCCCCAUCAUUCAAUUAUCAGAAAGCUAGUAACAAAAAGUGCAAUUUUGAUUACUGUGGCUGAUGAUUUUUAUGACAUGGAAGGGUCUCUUACUGAACUGCAAUUCUUGACAGAGGCAGUGCAAAGAUGGGAUGGUGAAGGUCUAACUGGCCCAAGCAAGAUUAUUUUCGAUGCCCUUGAUCAUUUUGUAAGAGACAUGGCAGCAGAGUUUCUUGAUCAUGAAAGAAAUGAGAUGAAUAAUAGAAUACAAACCUUGUGGAAAGAAACUUUCGUGUCAUGGAUGAUGGAAACUACGUGGGGAAGAACCGGAUAUACACCAUCUGCUGAUGAAUACCUUGAUGUUGGCAUGACUUCCAUAGCUGCACACACCAUAGCUCUUCCAGCCUCUUCAUGUUUAUUAAAUCAACGAAUGCCUGCUCAUGAGAUCGUCAACUAUGAUAAUGAGACUAUUACAAAUUUGCUUAUGCUUAAUGCGCGAUUGUUGAAUGACAUUCAAAGUUAUGAGAAGGAACAAGAAGAGGGGAAAAACAAUCUUGUCUUGCUCCAUCUCAAAGAAAAUCUAAAUGCGGAUAUUCAAGACUCAAUCAAGUAUGUCAAGGAAAUACUAAAUGAAAACAGAAUGGAAUUCCUUGAGCGGGUUCUGGGAAAUGACAACAGUGAGAUGUCGAAAGAAUGCAAAAAUCUACACUUGUCAUGCUUAAAAGUAUUCGAGAUGUUCUUCAACUCCAGCAAUCUAUUUGACUCGAAAACAGCUCUGCUCGAAGACAUAGAGAAAGCCAUCUAUAUUCCUCCAAGAAAUCCAUUGUUGAAGAGAACCAUCAAACCAAAUGGAACAUCUGCUUCCAUGGAAUUCCCGAAGAAGAAAGGCUUUCCCAAAAUGAAUUUAAGUAUAAAUUGGCAUGGUUGCAGAAACAUGAAUAGGAUUGGACAGAAACUUUCCAGGCCAAUCUCAAGUCAUGGCUGCAGAGUAAUCCAUAUUGCACCGCAGCUAACAACUCUUGGCUUCUUUUGAUUAGAUAAGGGAUUGAAACCCUCAAGAGUUUAAUCUACUACAUCAUAGGAUAUCUUGAAGACAAAAGGUUUGGAACCCAAAAAUGUAAAACUCCACAAUUGGUUCCAUCGCCAAUGGAUUGUAUAAUACAUAUAUCACGGUAUCCGGAUAUCCGGUCCGGUUAUUAAUAGUCAUACCAUCCUGUACCCGGUCUACUCUUUUUGAAUUCAUGUACUAGAAUUAUAGUGAUAACGAGAGAGUAGGGAGGCCUUUUCACUCAAUCUGU